AUGAAUUGGCUAUGCUAUUGGAUACGGUUUGGUUUUUUAACAUUAACUGAUUCAUAUGCUAAAACUAUCAAUGCUAUUUUUCCCUUUUUUUGGCUAAUUAAGACUGCAGUUUUACUCUUUUUGAUGUUACCACAGACGUGUGGCGCACAACGUCUUCACAACAAAUUAAUCAAUCCACAGUAUGAAAAAUUACGUGUAAUGUUAUUACAAUGCAUUUUAUGA